AAAUUAUUUUUUUCUUCUUACUUUCAGAGAGACCAGAGCAGCGGUUUCCUCCAUAGAUCAUAUGGGUGAUUUGUUUUCUUAAUUAAAUCUGUCAUUAUCCUUUAUUUUGAAUAUUGUCUAUUUUCUAUAGGUUGGUUUUGGGCUGCUUUACUCAACGUUUUAAGUUACUAGUAUAGAUCUUUUUCAAAAUGUUGAGAUUGGCUCUCCCAGUCUGUUCCAGCUAAAAAUUGUGGAUACUUAUAUUAUAUGCUUUUUCUAUUUGGUUUGUUUUGAGUUAAUCAUGGGCCAUAGGUAACUCAAAGAUAUGUAGGAUUUUAAAAUACUAAAGUCUUGUCAUAGUAUCUACCCAUAAAAGUUCUACAACCUUUUUUUAUUAGAAAGAGAAAAAAAAACAUAAGCUUAUUUGUCCCUAUUGCCCACAAGUCUUAUCUUUAUAAUCUAGCCUAUCAGCCAAAGUCUAUACAGUUAUUUUAACAUAAUCAAUAAAAGCACAGGGAACGCUUAUUCAAGCAAAAAAAAAAGCAGGUGACGUAAAUGAAUCUAACAUUGUUUUCUUAGAAAAUAGGUCUUGUGUAAAACAGAGUUCUUGGUAUUGUUUUCGAAACAGCUUUUAGAGGGAAACAUAGUUAACAGAGCAAUUUGAUGAUAGAAAUUGGUGUCUGGCACCCAUAAUAUGACAACUGAUAUUUAUUUUUAAAACAUCGACCAUGUCUUCACGUAAAAGGAAAGCCAAAACCCAAUGGACAAAUGGGAAAAAACUUAGAAAAGAAAAUAUAGGUGAACAUGAAACACAGGAAUGGGAAGGUGCAGAUUAUAAUUUAAAGAAAAAGUAUAAGAACUGUACGAAGAACCCAGGUCAUAGCCAGUUUAUACCAGUCCAUCAAUUAUGUUUACGUAAUUUACCUAAUGAAUUUAAAGAAAUACAUCUUUUUCAACUUGUCAAAGCUGCAGCUAACCUGGCAGUUUUAGUAACAGUUACACUAAUUAGUCCAAACAGACCUAAAUUUUGGCCACGAACAUUUCAAUCAUAUCCAUAUUAUAAACAGAGUCAUUCAAGAAAAAAAAGAUGUGGAAGUGGAAGAAUUUUUAAUGUAUCUAGCUUUAAGAAUGCAAAUAAACAAAAUAGACGUAAGGGAUUUACUAAUUACGAAAAUUGUUGGUGUAGAAAGUGUCAAGAUUCAGAUACACCUAGCAAAGAGUGGUGGGAGUUUAAUAUGGACACAGCCGCCCAUGUAGUUUUUGAUGACAUUGAGGCCAGCCAAACGACCUUGAGAUUGUUUUAUGAUAGAGAUGAUAGUCCAGUUGUCAUUGUUGAUAAGGUCAGUGUUGUACAUGCAAACAUUGACGAUGAUUUUUGUGAGUUGAAAUGUGUGACAUGUGACCAAGAAUUAGGAAAUAAACUAAUACAAAUGUGGAAACACUUUGCCAAUGUGUGGUUUAAAGUCUUAAAGAAAUAUAAAAACUCAAGAUCUAAACACAAAUUAAACUUUAUAGUGUCACAUCCUCAUGGAUGCACUAAAAAGGUCACUGUUGGUAAAUGGAAUAAAAAACGAAACAAUGAUGGGAAAACAAGCUUUAACUAUACUACUUGUACAUGUCCAGGAAGUAGUGGAGCACAAGUACAGUGCGUGGGAUAUUAUGUUGGGUGGAUGUUUAAUCUUGUUCACAGUGGAACAACAAAUGAUGGAUUUAAUUUCAGUGGAGCUACUAUUUUUUAAUUUGUAUUGUUUUCUUUUAUGUGUUUAAAUGUUAAAGCUAGACUUAACCAACAUUUCUAUUGUAAUCAUCAAUCAUAUGAAUAACUUUAAUAAUCUAUUUAAAGUUAAUUAGCAGAUAACUCUACUGCACAGCAGUUAAAGCCUCUAAUAUAUUUGUAGGCACAUAAGUGUUUUAGAGCUACACACAUACAAACAAUAAACAUACUAUUUUAUAUACUUGCACUUUCUCAUGAAAAGGUUGAUACUGCACAGACAUAAUAAUAAUAAUAUUUAUUGGCAAUGAACCAAUGCAUACGUGCUGUGGAGGAGAGAAUCACAUACAUUGACGAGCAGAUGAAUCAGAGGGUCGACGCAGUGGAGAAGGCAAUCGAAGAAAUAAAAAUGCAAGUUCACAAUAAGCACACUAAUGCACCGGAAGCAAAUAUGACGUCAUUUGUGCCUGAAGCCCCCGUAUUUGAUGGUUUUGUGUCGUGGUCAGUGUACAAGAAGCAAUUUGACGCAGCGGCUAAAGUUAACAAAUGGAAUAGCAAAGAGGAGAAAGCGACUGCCCUUGUGUUAUCUUUAAGGGGAAAGGCCUCCAAAUUGCUUCAGUCGUUUCCAAACCAGCAAGACUUCGCCACUCUCGUACAUUCUAUGGAACUCCGAUACGGGGAUGAACAUAUGCAAGAAGUAUAUCGUGUGCAACUAAAGACCAGACAACAGCGCCCCGAUGAAACACUACAGGAGCUAGAGACAGAUAUCGAACGCCUUGCACAUCUGGCCUACCCAACCGCCGCACAAGAUUUUCUGGAGUUCAUUAUCACAGACGCCUUCAUUGAUGCGCUUCGAGACCUCGAGUUAAAGAAAGCCACCAGAGUUAGUGGUAGACGUAAGGCCAGUGAAGCCCUCGUAUAUGCUUUCUCCUACGAAGCCGCUAAAGACGCAUCAGAAUUUUAAAAUAAAGAAGUAAUUUACUAGAAACGAUUAUUGAAAAACACUUUUUAGACUUAUUUUACACUGAAUUUACUUGCAGAAACAUAACAGAGGGUUAUUUUUUUCUGUAAAGAAUGUCCCAGAUUUUAUUUUGAAAAAGAAAUCAACCUCGUAGCCAAAAUAAUUACGUAUUUUUAUAUGAAAAGUCUACUAACACAAAUAACUGUUUCAAAUCCCUAUUCUAAUAAAUAAAACAAAUAAUCAUCUUCUCAUUUGCGGAUAGUUAUGAAAAACAUUCUAACUCUAUUUUUGUAACAUCGCACUUCUGUCGUACAUUACAUUAAAUUUUCUAGCUAAACGUUUUAAAAUCUAAUUAUCGUUAAUAUUAUGUUCCGAGUUCAAAAAAAAUAAAUUCCUAACAUCAAAAUAUGUUUAAAACUUUUCCAGAAAACUGCGCUAAAUCUAAUUUCAUACGAGACCAUGUCAAAAAAGUAAUUAAUGGUAUUAGAUUUAUCUAGAAUUCUCUUACUAUAUAUACAAACAUCCGGAACAAUCUAUUAUAGAUACUUAAAACUAUUACGAUGUUUAGGAAGGAAAAUUAAAAAAGGUUAAUCGAAUUUUCAAGCACAAAAUGCACAAAAAAAAUAUGUGUAAUAUUUUUAACUAGACAUAUUUUUCCCGCGACCGGUCUUUAUUUGCAUAUCACUGUCGAUAAAGUCACUGAGAGUGUUUCGUAAACAAUUGAACGAAAUAAUUUUUAGUACGCGAUUCAUGAAUAAAUAUAGGCCUAUCUAAACACGGCUUCGCAGCUUUCGUAAACGAAUGUAUUAAAAAAUGAUUUCAAUGUUAAUUUGAUCAAAAUAUGAAAUGAAUGGACUAUAAUUAUAAUUAGUAUGUUCAUGUGUAAAACUAUCUGUGCGAAGUGAAGUUAUAUCAUGUUAGAGUUGAAUUAGAGUUUUAGACCUAGGAAUGGAAAGAUGUGUAACACUACGGUAUUGUCUAAUUAAAUAAUGUUCGUCAGGAAAUCUGUAGUCACAGAUAUAAAGAACUAAUUAAUGUAAAAAAUGAUUUUGAAACACAAAUUUGAAGGUUUAUUUUAUUAUAUUAUGAAAUCAAUGGACAUUCUUUUUUAUUUCAUGUGUCAAAAUAAAAAAAACUAACUGCGCAAAAUGUAUUUCUUAAAAUUCUUUCGAUCUUUUCUCAUGUCAAAGUUGUAAACAAAGCCUAGAUCCAUAAAUACUAUAGUUUUAAUAGAGUCGGAGAACUUUAUUUUUUUUUAGGGACUCAGCGGAAGCGCCUAACAUAUACAAUACAGGAAUUAGGCAUUAAAAAAAUAUUUACCACAAUUAGUACUCAUUAAUUGGACCACAAGGAAAAUUAAAGAAAAAACGCUAUACUAUUGAACUUAUUCAUACAAUAUUAAAAUUCUAAAAGUCACGACAACGACAUUUAACCUUCAUGACACUUUUACUUAUUUAGAUACAAACAUAGACUCCAUUAAAUGUAUCAUUCAUCUGAUAACAGGAUUACAUGUGAAUAUCUCAAUACUUUACUAGAAGGUUUACAGCUAACAAGGUUUUUUUGUGAAGUCAUUAGUAGGUUUACUUGGGAAUACACCAAUAAUUGGUUAGCAGUGUCACAGCAUUGUUUGAGAAUCACUGAGACAUGAGGUGAAUUGUAAUCACAUAAAACAUGUGUGUCAUUCAAUAGGGGAAAAAAUUCUCAGUCUGAAUCUGACUAAGCAGUUAUUAAUUAGUCCUUGAAGAUUAAAGACAUGGAUAUUUUUUCAGCUGGAAUAUUUAUUUUGUAAAGAUAACAUAUUAUAAUAAGUUUUCUUUUAACAUGGAAUUGUGACUUUAUUUCUGAUAUUAUUAGCUAAAUGAAUAUUUUGCCGUUUGUGGUUGAGUCAAUCGCGAAGUUAUCGUUAUACAAAAAAAAGUAUCGUCUUCUACAAGUGUGUUAUUUUUUGUGUGUAUUUAGCGAAUCGUAUCUGUUGUAAUAAUAUGAAGCUCUAUAAGACAGAAAGUAAUGUAACAGAGAGAGAGAGAGAGAAAGAGAGAAAGCUUAAUAUCAUCAUAGAAACCAGUAAGGCCAGCAACAGGCAUAAAGGAGUUACAAGCAGGUUUUUUUGUAGAUACAUCAAUAUUAUACUUAUGCUAUCAGGUCUCCAUUCGAAUACGUCGAUACUUGGCUAGCCGGUUUACAUGUAACAACAUCAACUCUUUGUUAGCUUGUUAACAUGUGUCGAAGCAGGACGUUUAGGCGUGUUGUUUUUUUCUGCAGCAGUUUUGGCGCGAAAUAUUUUGAUGACGUUAUUUACGUUUAUUUUAUUUUUUCUUUCAAAAAAGAAAU